AUGGCGAACACCACGCGCAAGGAGGAGGGGCCGGACAAACGCGUCAAUCAGCAGCAGGGGAGCACCAAGCUCUACUCCAGGAUGCUGUCCAAGGACGUAGCCAUCGCCGUCCCGUCCUUCCGGGUGUACUACGGCGUCGCCUCGGCCGGCUCCGUGCCCUUCCUGUGGGAGUCGCAGCCGGGCACGCCCAAGAGCUCGCCCUCCGCCGCCGCGCUCCCGCCUCUCACGCCGCCGCCCUCCUACUACGCGGCCGGCGGCAAGGGCGGCUCCAAGAGGGGCGGCGCCGGCGCGUCCGGGAGGCGCUGGCCCGGCGGCGUCAUCGCCCUCUUCCGGAGGCCCCGGCGCAGGACGUCGCCGUGCUCCUCCUCCUCCAUCUCCUGGUCGUCCUCGUCGUCCACCGCAUCGUCCAUGUCGCCGGUGUUCACGGUGCAGUCUUCGCCCUUCGCUGCACGGGGCUCCGCAGGCGCCCACCGACGAGCGUUCUCGGCCGGCGACGUCUUCGAGGAUGCGGCGGCGCCGUCGAGCUGCUUCGGGACGGACCGAGAGUGCGACAGGAGGGUGGUGAAGGGCUGCGGCGUCGCCGUGGCCGUCCGGAACGCGCUGGCCACCGUCGUGGGCCACAAGCCCGGCGGCCGAGCCACCAGCGCGAUGGCCUAG